CAACUACAAAUGGUGAUAGGGCAAAGCCAAGGGCGUGGCCGAGUCCAAGGUCGUGGUCAACUCCGAGGUCAAGGCCGAGGCCUGUGUCAUGUUGAGGAUCGUGAUAGGCCGACUCUCGUUGAUGUUGAUGAUGAUAUGGACAUGCCAUCACCGGUGACCCUCGAUUCGGCGGAGGGCCAUAGCCAUUCUUCCCAUGAGCGGUCUAAUGACAUACCCUCAUCGGGAGUUGCACCCACUGCAAGCUCUAGCACGUCUGUUAGACGGCCAAGGGGUCAGAACAAGAAUUCCAAGGUUAAUGAUAUGAUAGAUAAGGAUGGUCCGCUCAAUUUGGAAUUCAAGGAUGAGUAUGUCGUACCUGUGGGCGACAAUUCCGGGGCGUGGUCGAGGAUAAUUUCUAAGAUUGUCCUCGAUCAUUGCGACCUCCAUUAUCAGAGUUGGACCAUGGUCCCAGAUGAAAUGGUGAAAAGAUUGGAAGAACGAGUGAAGGGUAAGUUCGUUUUGGAUACGGAGCUACAGAAGCACAAGGAUGCCUUAAAGCAUCAACUAGGUAAGGCCUAUAAUAGGAAACGCUCCGCAUUGCACCUCAAGAACUACCAAAUUUAUUUCAAAAAUGUGGAUAGCGAUGAUUUAGUAGCAGUGGCCAAUGCUCAAGCCGAGGCGAGGGCCAAUGUUCCAACUGGUAUUUCUCCGGAACAAUGGCCUGCUAUAUGUGAUUCAUUCGAAGUUGAUAUAUGGAAGAAAAAAUCUGAGCGAAAUAAGAAAAACAGAGCAAAGAUGGAAACAAAUCAUACCGCUGGCAGCACGACGUUCGUCAAUAUCAUUCACAAGAAGGCAAAGAAAACUAAUGCCGCACCCAAUCCGAUAGAAAUAUACAAGGACACGCACACUAACAAGGAUGGGAUAUUUGUGAGUGAGUACGCUGAGAGUAAAUAUAAUGAAAUGGAAUCAAUAGCAGCAAACUCCGACAACACUAAUGCCAGCCAAGAAGACAUUUUCUUAAAGGUGCUAGGUGGACACCGCUCAGGACAUGUCAGAGGAAAAGGUUGUGGUGCCAAACCUACCAAGUCAAAUUCCUCAUGCAACCAACAAAACCAUGAUGAAUGCUUGGCUAAACAGCUAGAAACCGAAGAGAAACUAGCUGCUAUGGAGGCAUCAUUUCAGGCCGAAAUUAGGGAGUCAAAAGCAUCACAAAUUGCUAUGGAGGCAACAUUUCAGGCCGAAAUUAAGGAGUCAAAAGCAUCACAAGCUGCUAUGGAGGCAGCAUUUCAGGCCCAAAUUAAGGAGUCAAAAGCAUCUCAAGCUGCUAUGCAAGCACAAAUGGAAAUGCUGCUAAAACAUAUAGGAGGGAUUGGAGGGAGCUCUUAUGGAUCUCAAGCAAGCGGAAGCAACAUUUGAAAGAGUUUUUGUUGUAUUUAGUUUAAGACUUUGUUUUAAUAUUAUUAAGAUUUGUAUUAUAGGGUAAGAACUUUAAAUAGUUUGAAUGUUUAAGAACUUGGAGGGUGCUUUAGUUGUACUUUGUUGAAGAAGUUUUAAAAUUACAAAGAUUAUAACAAAUUUGGUUUGUGUUAGAA